AGUCGGGGCUUUGCAGUGUCAUGCCCCGGAGCCCCCGGACGGCGCCGAGCUGGGCGCUGUUGCUGCGGCUGCUGGCACUGCUGCGGCCCCCGGGGAUGGCUGAGGCGUGCAGCUGCGCCCCUGCGCACCCCCAGCAGCACGUCUGCCACUCGGCGCUUGCCAUUCGGGCCAAAAUCUCCAGUGAGAAGGUAGUUCCUGCCAGUGCAGACCCUGCUGACACUCAAAAAAUGAUCCGGUAUGAAAUCAAACAGAUAAAGAUGUUUAAAGGGUUUGAGAAAGUCAAGGAUGUUCAGUAUAUCUAUACACCUUUUGAUUCCUCCCUCUGUGGUGUGAAACUAGAAGCUAACAGCCAGAAGCAAUAUCUCUUGACUGGUCAGAUCCUCAGUGAUGGAAAAGUCUUCAUCCAUCUGUGCAACUACAUCGAACCUUGGGAGAACCUGUCCUUUUUGCAGAGAGAAAGUCUGAAUCACCACUACCAUCUGAACUGUGGCUGCCAAAUUACCACCUGCUAUACAGUUCCCUGUACCAUCUCAACCCCCAACGAGUGCCUCUGGACAGACUGGCUGUUGGAACGGAAGCUCUAUGGGUACCAGGCCCAGCAUUAUGUCUGCAUGAAGCAUGUUGAUGGCACCUGCAGCUGGUACCAGGGCCGCCUGCCCCUCAGGAAGGAGUUUGUUGACAUCAUCCAGCCCUAGUAGGGGCCAGUGACCAUCACAUUCUUUCAAGCAUCGUG